GUGUCUCUGUCUCUCGUCUGACGGGUUUUAAUUGUUUCACAGCAGCAGAACAAGAAGAACAAGAAGAACUUGAUGCUUAAUUAACGUUUAGUUUCUGCUCCACAAUGAAAACUCUUCUCUCGUCUUUGUGUUUCAGAUUUAGAUAAAAAAAAGUCCCGUUGUUGUUUUUUUCUUCUUCUACGGUUUAAAGGAGCUCGAGUGUCACCAUGAGCCGAGCCGGGACCUCAUCCCUGAUCUCCACCUAUCAGCUGCUCUCCUUGUUGACCAUCAUCUUAACUGAGCUUCCGUAUUCUGCAGCCGGAGGCUCUUCUCUGGCAUCCAACAACACGCUCAGCAACAGCACCAAAUGUGGAGGCGCCACCGGCUGCGUUGAAGGCGUUAUCCUGCCAGUAUGGAAGCCAGAAAACCCCGCCUUCACCGACCGCCUCGCCAGAGCCACCAUUUACUUUGUGGGGUUGUUUUACAUGUUCUUGGGUGUCUCCAUCAUCGCUGACCGCUUCAUGGCAUCCAUUGAGGUCAUCACCUCCCAGGAGAGACAGAUCACCAUCAAGAAACCAAACGGUGAGAAGAUCACCACAACGGUGCGCAUCUGGAACGAAACGGUGUCCAACCUGACCCUGAUGGCGCUGGGCUCCUCCGCCCCAGAGAUCCUCCUGUCCGUCGUGGAGGUUUGCGGUCACAACUUUAACGCCGGCCAGCUGGGCCCUAACACCAUCGUAGGAAGUGCCGCCUUCAACAUGUUUGUCAUCAUUGGCCUCUGUGUAUCUGUGAUCCCUGAAGGAGAAACCAGGAAGGUGAAGCACCUCAGGGUGUUCUUCAUCACUGCCACCUGGAGCGUCUUUGCAUACAUCUGGCUUUACCUGAUCCUGGCCGUCUUUUCUCCGGGAGUUGUUGAGAUAUGGGAGGGGCUGCUCACGCUCUUCUUCUUCCCCCUGUGUGUUGGACUCGCCUACGUGGCUGACCGCCGACUUCUUUUCUACAAAUACAUGUACAAACGAUACAGAGCAGGGAAGCAGAAAGGGAUGAUCAUCGAAACAGAGGGAGAACCAGAGCUUCCCUCGAAGGUCGACAUCGAAAUGGAAGGGAGAAUGCUCAACUCCCACGGAGAGGAGUUUGAUUUUAAGGAGCUGGACGAGGAUGAGUCCCGCAGAGAGGUGGCCAGGAUCCUGAAGGAGCUGAAACAGAAACAUCCUGAGAAGGAGAUGGAGCAGUUGAUGGAGCUCGCCAAUUACCAAGUUUUAUCCCAGCAACAGAAGAGUCGGGCUUUCUACCGCUGUCAGGCGACCAGGAUCAUGACGGGAGCAGGCAACAUCCUGAAGAAGCACGCCGCUGACCAAGCAAAGAGGGCCAACCAGCACGACAUCUGCUCCGAGGUUUCACUCAACGACUUUUCCUCCAAGGUGUUCUUUGACCCUGGUACCUACCAGUGUCUGGAGAACUGUGGCAGUGUAGCGCUGAAUGUUGUGCGCCGUGGCGGAGACCUAACGAGCACCGUCUCAGUGGAUUACCGGACUGAAGAUGGAACUGCAAAUGCCGGCUCAGAUUACCGGUUCACUGAAGGAACUAUCGUAUUCAAACCAGGCGAGACCGAAAAGGAAAUCCGCAUUGACAUAAUUGAUGACGACAUCUUUGAGGAGGAUGAGCAUUUCCUGGUUCACCUUAGCAAUGUGAAGGUCAUAUCAGAGGGCGCAGGCUCAGACGAGUGCAAGGCAAACCACGUGGACGCCCUGGCAAGUUUAGGUCUGCCGUGCACGGCCACCGUCACCAUCUUCGAUGACGACCACGCCGGGAUCUUUACGUUUGAGGAGCCGGCGGUGACCGUGAGCGAGAGCAUCGGGGUGAUGGAGGUGAAGGUGAUCCGGACCUCGGGAGCUCGCGGUGUUGUGGUGGUGCCGUACAAAACCAUGGAGGGGACGGCUAAAGGAGGAGGCGAGGACUUUGAAGACACACAUGGAGUCCUGGAGUUUGAGAACGACGAGAUCUUCAAAACUAUUCAGAUCAAUAUAAUUGAUGAUGAAGAAUAUGAGAAAAACAAGAACUUCUUCCUAGAGAUGGGAGAGCCUCGGCUGCUGGAGAUGAGUGAGAGGAAAGCCAUGUUGCUUCAGGAAGUCGGUGGAUUCGUGAAAACAGACCAACAGCGUUAUGGUGGAGACGUCUACAGGAAGGUCCAGGGACGAGACCACCCCGCCCCCUCCGCCAUCAUCAACAUCACAGAGGAGGGAGGUGAGGAGGUUCUGACCAAGAAGGAGGAGGAGGAGAGGCGGAUCGCGGAGAUGGGCCGACCGAUGCUGGGCGAGCACAUCAAACUGGAGGUCGUCAUCGAGGAGUCGUACGAGUUCAAGAGCACCGUGGAUAAACUCCUGAAGAAGACCAACCUGGCGCUGGUGAUCGGGACCAACAGCUGGAGAGAGCAGUUUGUGGACGCCAUCACGGUCAGCUCUGGUGAUGACGACGAUGAAUGUGGCGAGGAGAAGCUGCCCUCCUGUUUCGACUACGUCAUGCACUUCCUCACCGUCUUCUGGAAGCUUCUGUUCGCCUUAGUCCCCCCCACCGACUACCUGAACGGCUGGGCGUGCUUCGUCGUCUCCAUCUCCGUCAUCGGCAUGCUGACGGCGGUCAUCGGCGACCUGGCGUCGCAUUUCGGCUGCACCGUCGGCCUCAAAGACUCCGUCACCGCGGUGGUGUUCGUAGCUCUGGGCACAUCUGUACCAGACACCUUCGCCAGUAAGGUGUCCGCCAUCCAGGACCAAUACGCCGACGCCUCCAUCGGCAACGUGACAGGAAGUAACGCCGUCAACGUCUUCCUGGGUAUCGGCGUGGCCUGGUCCAUCGCCGCCAUCUACCACUACUCUAAGGGUCAGGAGUUCAGAGUCGACCCGGGCACGCUCGCCUUCUCCGUCACACUCUUCACCAUCUUCGCCUUCAUCACCAUCUUCGUCCUCAUAUACCGGCGCCGGCCCGAGAUCGGCGGGGAGCUCGGCGGACCCAGAGUCCCCAAGAUCCUCACCAGCUGCCUGUUCUUCAGCCUGUGGUUGAUGUACAUCGUCUUCUCCUCGUUGGAGGCCUACUGCCACGUAAAAGGCUUCUAAAAGUUCUGAUGGUUCUGACAGAUGAACCCUCCUGAUGGAUUUCUAAAGGUUCCUGCACCGGUUCCUAUAAUUUCUGUUAUUUGUCUAAAGGUUGUAACAGGUUCCUGACAGCUGAUGCAUUCCUAAAGGUUCUAGAGGACAUGCAGCGGUUCUGACGGGUUCCUGGGGAUGAACUCAUCGUAGUUCUAAUAGUUAUUUUGAGCUUUCUAAAUGCAGAUAAAUAAAUAUUCUGCUGGACUCUG